GCCGCAGGAUCUUCAAGCCAUUGUCUCCAUAUGGAAAAAGCAUAACUUUAUAAGGAAGCAAAUAGUGGCUCUGCGUUUUAUAGAUUUUAGAGUUGAAAGACUCGGUAUCUAUAUAUAUAAAGACAACAUUUUUUAUUUUUUUUUUAUUUCAACUUGAUGGCAUCAACAAUUAAAUGGGCUUAUGCAAAUGGAAGCAAUUGGGUUAUUCUUGACAAUCAAGCACAAGACAAUAUCGAGCGAUUGUGGGCCUCAAACUCAUCAAAUUGGAUCAAUUCUCAAAUGUUUCGCAAACCUGUGUACGUUGACAUUCCACAUAUGAUGCUUCUGUGCGACGGGGUGUCUUACAGUAUAGCGCGUUAUCGAGCAUAAACUUGUUUAUUUUGACAGAAACAAAUGUGUACAAAACAAGUUUUCAUUAACGCGAUUGCAUUAAGAAAAUCUAUGUAGGCAUCCACGAUGCAAAGUAGAUCUUUAUACCUUAAGAACCAAAAUAAUGUCUGAUAUAAUUUAGGAAAAGGGUAAUUCAAAGAGCAAAAAGAAACUUCAUUCAUAUAAAACACAACUAAUAAAUAAAC